GUCUCUCGCUAGACUGUCCACAGAUUUCUUUAUCCUCUUUGUCUUUUAGCCUUUCUAUAUUGUUCACCAUAUCUUUAAAUUUCUUUAAUUGCCAUCCCCCUAGCCUAUAUAAAGGCAUAAGCAUGAGUGACACUAAUAAGUAAAAUAAGAGGGAAUAUUAAGAUGACAUCUUCAAUGGUCUCUUCCAUGGUUCUCUUUCUCCUUCUUCUUCUUGUGUUUCCGCAUAUGGAUAAAGCCCUUGGCGCACAAGAGGAAGCCCAGAAACAAAGGAUUCCCAUUCCCCGUUUCAGAUGUCCUCCAAGAUUCCCCUUUUGUAGAGGUCAAAUAAAUCUACCUUCUCCUCCGCCCCACAAGUCUUUCAAAGGCACACAGGAACCUGGUCAUUGACCUCACUCUAGCUUCGAAUGCGUGUGUCGGUGUGCUUGUUUCUUACAUUGUGCUUUCUUUUGUGGUUUCUGUCCUUGCUUAUCUAUGCAUGUGUUUGUCAGUUUUUAUCGAACCGCCGCUAUAAUAAAUAAAACUUGUAUGUCCUUUUGUGUUCAA